AUGGCAGUGCAUCUGGGGGCCAACAGAACCCUGAAUCAGGAGACUGAUUUAAGAGGCAGGCCUUCAAGUGACAGCGACACAAGAUGGCAGCCACCACAGGCUCGGACAGUUUAUGAAAACCAAAUAUACAGCCUUAAAAUAGAAUGUGGCCUUAAAUACCAAGAAGCACCCCCCUUUGUAAGAUUUGUAACAAAAAUUAAUACGAAUGGAGUUAAUAGUUCUAAUGGAGUGGUGGACCCAAGAGUCAUAUCAGUGCUAGCAAAAUGGCAGAAUUCAUAUAGCAUCAAUAUUGUCCUACAAGAGCUUCAGCGCCUAAUGAUGUCUAAAGAAAAUACGAAAUUCCCUCAGCUGCCUGAAGGUCAGUGUUACAGCAAUUAAUCAAAAAGAAAAACCACAGGCCUUCCCCCCCCCCCAUUAGAUUUAAGCAGUCAUUUUCCACAGUAGUAAAUUUUCUAGGUACACCUUGUAGACCUCAAAGUACUGGAAAGGAAGCUCUCAUUCAAAGGACACUUUUUUUGAGACGGAGUUUCGCUCUUGUUACCCAGGCUGGAGUGCAAUGGUGUGAUCUUGGCUCACCGCAACCUCCGCCUCUGGGGUUCAGGCAAUUCUCCUGCUUCAGCCUUCCGAGUAGCUGGGAUUACAGGCGUGCGCCACCACGACCAGCUAAUUUUUUAUAUUUUUAGUAGAGAUGGGGUUUCACCUUGUUGACCAGGAUGGUCUUGAUCUCUUGACCUCAUGAUCCACCCACCUCAGCCUCCCGAAGUACUGGGAUUACAGGCUUGAGCCACCGUGCCUGACAAGGAAAUUUAUCUCAAGAUACUGUAAAUGAUACUAACUUCUUGUCCUUUUGAAAUACGUAACUUGUGCUAUAACAAAAGAAAACGUUGCACCAAUAUUGUGCCUGAGCUGUGCUCUGUGCUGCCCUCGCAGCAAAGCGGAGUUGGCUUGUUAGUGCAGGAAUUUGAGGGACAUCACUUGAGCACUUGCGGUAUGCCCGGGUCCAUGCCGGGUGCAUGCCAGGUGCUGGCUGUACAUCCUGAGCAGUGCUCCCUGGGCCCUCAGGACUCCCUGCCAGAGGCAGAACCGCACAGUGAUGGUUCAUGCUCAGCAGGCAGGCACUGGGGGCUGCAUGGGCUCUGUGGGAGAGUGCCUGGCCCCAUCCACCCUCUGUACUGUGCACCAAGGAGAGUGGCUAAAUGGGCAGGGUACCAGCCCCAAAGGCAGGAGGCGCAGCACGUUGGCACCAGGCACACUGCUCUGCGUGGCCAGGUCCCUGAACUGUGUGGACAAGAGGGAGCCAUGGAUGCUGUUGUGCCAGGGCAGAGGACACUUAGUCUGGAGGUGAUUGAGAAUUGGAGGCAGGGAGAGGCGAGGUCAUUAGCUUCCUGCUAACAGGCAGGGCUCUUGCAAGCUCUCUGGAGAUGCACUCUUCACAACAACCCCUUCACACAGCACCCUGCAGGUCAUUUGUAUGAAGGAAGGUGAGUUUAUUCCAGGGGCUUUGUGGCUGGCUGGGCAGAGGACUAGUUCAGAAACGGUCUCUACAACCCAUUGAGGGUGCUGAGUGCUGUCCUUGUCCCGACGUGCAUGGUGGACCUGCACAGCAUUGCUGAUGGGGACUAGGUUCCCCCUGGACAGGGCUCAGGUCGGGGUCCCCAUGGCAGCAGCCAAGCUUGGCCGUUCCCUUCAUCUCUGUGGCCAUUCAGGUGUCGGGCUGGUCCUGGGGCCCAGGGCCUCUCCCUUAGGUGAAGUGGAGUCCAUUUGGAUCUGGUUUUCUUCCCUCCCUCUGACAGACUGAGAACUUACACUGCUGGUUAAGGAGGGUUUGGAGGGUUUUUUUGCUUCCAAGCUUUUUGUUAUUUUGCAUGUUUUCUUUUUCAUGAAUUGACUUGGACAACAGCCUUCUCUGUUUCAUCAGAACUUUAGUAAAUAAGCAUUUAGGCUGGGCACCUAAUGCACACUCACUCACACCUGUGUCUGCCUGGUAGUUCUGACCUGGGAUGGCAAGGUGUCGGCGGUUAGCCAGGAUGCUAUUGAAGAGAGCAGACUGGCCCGGACCCAGACCGUGGUUGAUGACUGGGACAACGAGGCAGAACAUGGCUCAUGCCUAUAAUCCCAGCACUUUGGGAGGCCAGUGCAGGAGAAUCACUUGAGUCCUCAGGAGUUUGAAACCAGCCUGGGCAACAUAGUGAGACCCUAUCUUAGAAGAAGGAAAAAAGAGAUAAGCGGUUGUUUCCCUGGUGGGUUAUUUUCAAUGUUGAUAAAUGUUUCUUGGCUGCUCUGA